UGUCUAAUUGUUAGUUCAAAUAUUAUCUUCGUUGGGGACACACAUUCUUUCUCGCGUUAAUCUGCGUCAAGUGGGAAAAUGCCACAUCACAACGUAACAACACUUCUUAUUAAUUAAUCCAUUCCAAAUUAAAUGGCUUCCAAUAGUGUACGUUUUGACCUCGUGGAUGAUGUUGAAAAUGAUAGUGGUGUGUUUAGUGAUGUAACUACGUCAGCACAGCUUCCAGCUUACUUCAACGGUCCAGAUCAGAACAGGAGCGUUAAUCGAGAGAGGAAAAAAUCACUGCAAAGGGUCAUACGAAAAACUGGAAAACCAAAUAUAUUUCGAAAGAUACCAAACCUAUGGGCCGCUUAUAUCCGCGAUAUUGGGAACACUUUGGUAAACUGUAGAUGGACGUGGACCCUAAUAUGUUUUGCAUCCUCGUACAUACUGACAUGGCUCAUAUUCGCAGCAUGCUACAUGCUAAUCGCACAAGAUAACAAUGAUAUAUCCAAAGACAAUCCUUCUAAGGCACCAUGCCUGAUGGGCAUACAAGGAUUCGCUGGGUAUUUCUUGUUCAGCCUGGAAACCCAGCACACCAUUGGAUAUGGAUCCAGAUACAUUACCUCGAAUUGCAACGAGGGCACGUUCCUAAUCUCCUUGCAAAUGAUCUUCGGAAUCUCGCUCUGCGGGGUGAUGACCAGCAUCGUAUACACAAAAAUGGUGAGGCCGCAUAAUGUCCCAACCACGGCACUUUUCAGUAAAGUUUGCGUCGUGUGCCAAAGAGAUGGCGAGUUAUGUUUAAUUUUCCGAUUGCGCGACAAGAAGAAUCUGCACAGAGUUAAUACGAAGGUCAAUUUAUACUUGGUUCAUCGUCGGAACGAAGCGCCCUACCUCAAGUCACUCAAACUGGAACCUCCAGGUAUUCUGUUGUGGCCGCUUGAAAUUGUGCACAAAAUCACACCGACAAGCCCUUUUUGGGAUUUGUCAGCUAAAGACGUAAUAACGAAAAGGUUCGAGCUUUUAGUAACUGUCCACGGAAGCUCGCUAACAACAGCCCAAUCGUCGAUGACCCGAGCCUCCUAUGUGUCCAAGGAAAUUCUUUGGGGCCACCGUUUCAUACCUUGCAUUAAGUACGAUUAUGAAAGGCACGGGUACUACAUCGACUCAACAAACUUUCAAGCAACGGAGGAGAUUUUAACUCCGCUCUGUAGCGCAAAGCGCCUUUGCGAGGUAUCGGAGGAAAUCAGUUUGGCCGUUUCCUCGCUCAGAUCGCCCACGUUAUCACGUACCUGCGACUCCUCUCGAAGCUCGUCCGGUUUCGCCAGCUACUUCGACGAACCAGUUCACGAUAACAACAUUGAAACCUUGACCACUCCCGUCGUUUUAAGGAAACUGAGUACUAUAAGAGAGUUCAAUUCGUUGGAGAAUCUAACGGAGGAAGAAUUCAAUGCAAGCAAGCUAUCCCUGCGAAGUAUAAACAAUGAAAAAGACUCCCAAAGUGAUGCGCGUGGGAUAUUUAGCAUUGAGGAAUUGAUUGCAAAGAUGCAAAGUUAUUCGAGUAAUAUCGAGAUGAAUGACUCGAAAGGAUCUUUAUCUGAGAGUGUUUAAUGAAGAGGAAGGCGUGUUUUGGAUAUACUGCGAAGUACCUGAUGUAGUAAGAAUUGUAGAUUUGUAUCAGUAUUAGCAGAGAGUGCCCACAGUAGUACUCUUUGGUAUUAGUCAUCUAAUAUGUGCUUCGUGAAAUAAAAUAAGCAUUGGAUUCAA